AUACUGGUAACCAGAAUUUGUUCAUUUUCAUGGUUUCCUCCUUUCUGUUGAAAUUGUCCAUGUGUUUAUUGUGGAUUUCAGUGGCUUCUCUGCGUAGUUCGACAUGGUGGUUGUUGGCGUGGCACAGCAUUUCUGUGUUCUCAGAUUACAUUCUAUGUCCAGGUUGGUUCAUCACAUGCUCUGCUAUGGCUGUCUUCUCUGGUUGAAUUAGUCUGCAGUGCCUUUUGUGUUCCUUGAUUCGUGUCUGAGUAAUGCUGCUGUGUUUGGAGGUCUCUAUGUAGACUUCAUGGGGCUGUGAUGGCGCAGCAGGUCAAACAGCUAAGCUGCAGAACUUGCUGACAAGAAGGUUGGUGGUUCGAAUCCGUGGAUCAGCUGCAUCAAAAUGGAGGACUAUGAGGUGUUUUGCAAGAGACAGCUUGAACGGAUCCAAGGAGAGUCAGUGAAGAUAAGAAUGUCUCCACUCACUCAUUACAAAAAUAUUUCAUGUAUUAAUUUCAAUGGUGUUCCUGUGCUUUCCCCACUGCUUACUCCUGAGAGAAAAAAGGAACUGCAGCAGGACAGACAAAAGGCUCUAGAGUUAGAAAUCUGGCAGCACAAUUCCAAGAAAAGGAUUCUCUUGAAUCGCAUCCAGGAGAUUGUGGAAAAUGUGCAGAUGAAGAAAUUGGCAAAUCAAAAUAGUACCAAUCAGUCUGAUGCAACAAAUGUUCAUGUGGAUUUAGAUUCAAAAGCGUUGACUGGUUUUGUAACACAAUCAAGCAGUGUUUUGCCAAAUUCCACUCCCCCCAGUGAAUCUGUGGCCUCUAAAAGGGCACUCGAGAUUAAGGCAGCAGAUACAGAUGUUGCACCAAGAGGGAACUUUCUUGAAAGAACUGAAAACAUUACCCCCUUUAAACCAAAGAAUACUUACUAUACCAUUUCUGAAAAGAGAACUUGUCCAGAUGGAGCGUUUUCCAAGCCAGUAAGCCUGUCUCCUUCAAAGGAGACUGAAAAGAAAGAGAGCAUUGAAGUGAUGUCGACUGAUACUGAAAACCGAGACCCUUACAUGAUGAGUCUUCAGAAUCUCUUUAAAAAAUCCAAGGAAUACAUACAGAGAGAACCGGCCAGGCGCAGCUUGCGAAGCAAUUCAAGAAGAAGUUGGAGUGAAAGCCAUUCUGACAAAGAAAACGACUCGGUGAAAACAAGCGACUUGGCAAAAGAGAGAGGCAAGUUAACUGGCAGAAGCUGUGUGGGUUUGACACCUGAUAAAUCGAGUCUUCCUAAAUCCAGCACUUCUCUGCAGACUCCCUCAUCCCCCAAAACUAAUACGAGUGUAAUAGCAUCAUCUAGUUUCUCUAAAGUGGAUAUACCAAUACGAUCUGGAACACCCCCUGUUUUGGAUUCCGAUUCAGAAGAAGAUUUUAAAAAUGCCCUGUUCUUUGAACAUGACAGUAGCAUCUUCCGAAGCUUCACUGGUUCUUAUUCCAAACUGCCAAGUCCCGAGCCUAGUAUGAGCCCCAAAAUGCACAGAAGACGCCCAAGGCCCUCUUCGGUGGGGCAGAUUGUCAUUACUAACCCUGUAUAUGCCUAUGAGUUAAGCCCUAAAGAAAAGGGACGGGCUGCAGGCUUGGCUACACAAGAGGCUGGUGACAGGCAAACUGUAGCUGACCCUAAGCCAAAAUUGGCACCAGACAUUUUUCCUGUUUGCCCCAGCAAUGUUCAUGCUUUUCGCAGAUAUUCCUUGGAGAUCUCUGAUGAAUUAAUGGUUGGCAGAUGGAACCAGGUGAGGCCACUAUCGGCUGGUCAGCAAGAAAACAGGAGAUCCCUGAUCAGUUCCACAGUAGAGGGAGAAUUGUCUUUCCAUAGUGAAGAGCUAUCACGUUCUUGCCUUUCGGAAUCUACCUUGGCAGGGCUACAUUCAGGUGACCGCUCUGCUAUGAGGCAAAACCAAGCCAAUGCCAGCAGCGGUAAGCAAGACAGCAUGCUGGACAAAGCCAAAUCCAGUGUGCCUGUAGAACUCAAUAAAUCAUAUGAUGUCGAAAACCCAUCUCCUUUACUCAUAUCAACACAGCAGAAGCCACAGAUGGAUGUUUCAGAUGUGUCUUUUGCAGACGAGCAGGUAUUCGAUGGUGGCUUGGAAAAGGUGAAACGGAGGCUUGAGCUGGAUGCAAACAACAUGCAGAAGGAAAACAUGACUUGUUCCAUGAUUACAGAAAUAGAUGUGCAAAAGAAGCAAUGGCUACAUGAUCAGAACAGUUCUUUUGGUACCAAGAAAGAUGCAGAAGAACAACAUGCCGGUGACGAAAUUCUAAAACAGAAAAUGUUGGCUUUUGAAGAACUGAAGAAGCAACUUGAAGAGCAACAUGCUCAGCAACUCUCGCUGCUAAUAGCUGAGCAGGAGAGAGAACAAGAGAGAUUGCAGAAGGAAAUAGCAGAGCAGGAGCGAAGACUGAAAUGUGAGAAGACUGCUGUGUCCGAAAUGGGAAUUCCUGUGGCCACCAGUGGCAUUGACUGGGAGUGGAGGAAGGUCACUGACAUCCACUUGUUGGAAUCUGUGUUCCCUCGAGUGGAAACACUCCAUGGCGCAAACUCAGAGAAUGCUGGCCUCACCAAUGCUGCUGCAACUGGCUCAGUUGCUGACUCCCCAUUCUACCUUUGGGAACCACCAGCAAGUGGAAAGUCCAUUACAGCAUCCCGGGCUGUUAACAGAAGCAAAAUGAGAUGGUCUCAGGUGUAUAGUCCUGAAAUGAAAAGAAAGUUGAAUAAGAUCUCUGCUUUGGCAAAGGGAUUCUUAACUCGGAGACUCUUGCAAACAGAGAAGCUGAAGCACCUUCGGCAAACUGUGAAGGACACAAGAGAGUUUAUGAAAAACUUCCAGUCAGAAGCUCCAUUGAAGAGAGGAAGUGUUUCAGCUCAAGAUGCCAAUCUGCAGGAGCGGGUGGCCGCUCAGCUGCGAGCAGCAUUGUAUGAUAUUCAUGAUAUUUUCUUCACAAUGGAAGUGUCUGAGAAAAUGAGCAUCCUGUAUCACGAUCGAGAAGUUCGCAAAGAAAAGAUGCUCCGCCAGCUGGAUAAAGCCAAGACAACAAGAGAGAGAGUGACCCUUUCUACAGCUACUCAGAAGUCUCUGGAUAGAAAGAAAUACAUGAAGGCUUCUGAAAUGGGUAUGCCAAACAAAAAGAUGAUUGUGAAGCAAAAAUCCCCAGAGAGCAGAGUUCUUCAGCCAAAUCAAGGCCAGAAUGCUCCCAUUCAAAGACUCCUUUCCAGACAAGGAACCCCUAAGGCCUCAGUGAAGGGGGCUGAGCAAAAUAGAAAGAAGCCCUCAGAGAGCAGAGUGUCUAACAAGGCACUUUCAGGAGUAUAUGCAGGAAAAAUCCAAAGAAAGAAGCCAAAUGUUGUGACAACUUAAGAAGACAGCAUUCGCUUGGAUAAGAGUUUGCUUUGAUUUUUUUUCUUUAACAAAUCUCCAGCACCCCCUGCUGAUUAUUUAGAUAUAAAGAGAUGGUGAAUUGAAUGAAAAUAAUAACACUUUAUUCUGCAUGUUUCCCUCCUCCUGUGAAUGUUGUUUCCUUUCCCCAAAACAACAUAAAUUGCAUACUCUUAGGAAGAAUAACAUCUGAUUUUUACGCAAAA